AUGGAGUUAGAAGGAAUUAUAAAGGAGGAUCUUGGGGUAAAAUAUGAGUUUUGUCUUUGGUAUCAUCUACCUAAUGCUCUUAGCUUUUUGGAAGGGUUAAAGAGGGUUACUGAUGAUAUUUGUGUUGGGAAUAUGUCUAAGAUAGCUGUUGAAAAUAGAGCAUUAUCUGUAUAUGUAGUUAGUGAUAAGGAUGAUGAGAUAUAUGAGCCAGAUUUUGGUAAUAGUGCUAAGGUAAGUGAUGAAGAUGCAUCUGAGGAGGAUGAUUCACAAGAUCUUGAUUAUGAGCUAUCGCAUGAGAAGUUCAAAUGGAUUGUUGGGCAAGUUUUUAGCACCCCAAUUGAAUUAAAGGAGGCGAUAAGGAAAUAUGCAAUUCAUCAGGGAAGAAAUGUAAAAUUUUGUUUGAGUGACAAAUCUAAAUUGAAUAAGCUUGGUGUAAGGUGUAUUGAUGGUUGUCCCUUUAAGCUCUACGCUAGUUGGGAUAAAACACGAGCUUCCUUUAUUGUCAAGAAAGUUAAUGGUGAUCACACUUGUCAAAGAAACAUAGCUUUUAAUUGUCAAUUCAAAGCUUCUUGGUGUGCAGAUCAGUUACUUAAUUUAUUCAAGUCAAAGCCACACAUUCCUUCUACAGAACUAGUUGAUAUUGUUAGGAAAGAAUUUCGAAUUAUCAUUAGUAAGGGAUUUGCCUACAAGAUUAAGUAUGCUGCACAUAGGAGGUUACAUGGAUCUAUGAAACAACAUUAUCUGAAGUUCAUGAGCUAUGUUGGGGUUUUAGAACAAAGUAAACCUAAUAGCCACUUCAUUGUUGUUACUGAUCCAUGCACAAAUCCACCCACAUUUCAGAAGAUCUUUGUUUGCUUUGAAGGGGUUAAAGAUGGUUGGGUUGGUGGGUGUAAGAAAAUAUUUUGCAUUGAUGGUUGUUUUUUAAAAACAUUCUUGGGAGGAAUGCUAUUAAGCGCAGUUGGGAGAGACCCUAACGAGAAAAUGUAUCUAUUGGCUUGGGCUGUUGUUGAGGAUGAAAACAAUGAAUCAUGGCAAUGGUUCAUUUAUGAAUUGAAGAAGUGUGUGCCUCAUGAUAAUGGUAAAGAGUUGAUAGUAAUAUCAGAUGAACACCAGAGCAUUUUGAGGGCAGUCCAACUUGAGCUUCCAAAAGCAGAACAUAGGCAUUGUGCAAGGCACAUCUACGCAAAUUGGAACAAGUCAUUCAAAGGAGAAGAGAUGAAAUUACUAUUUUUGGAGAUGUGUCAAAGCAUAUAA